GUUAUACGUGUUUACCUAAUUAUGAAUAUUGUAUGACAUAAAAAUGUAAAUAAUUUAUAAUCCAUAGUCAAACUAGAAAUGAAAAUAAAUAUUACUUGCCCACACGUUAAAAAUGGUCUUCAAAAUAAUAAUGAAGAACAAGUAUUUGUAUCAAUACUUGGCCACUUUUACAGGAUGUCUGUGUAUUGUAUCGACAGGAAUGCACUACGGCUGGCCCUCACCAGCCCUACCAAUACUUUUAUCCCCCGAUUCUCCAAUAAAGAUAACCAACGAACAAGGAGCGAUUAUAUCGACGUUCCAAGAAUAUGGAAACGUUGUUGGGGCCCCGUUGGCAGCGUUCAUCGUCGACAGAAUCGGAAGGAAGCUGUGCAUAUUAUCAUCGGCCCCUAUAUUUUUUAUCGGCUGGAUUUUGAUGGCGCAAAUUAAAUCGCUUGCGGUCAUAUACGCGUGCAGAUUUUUCGCUGGGGUGGCUGAUGGUUUGAUAUUUACAGCGUUGCCGAUGUAUUUGGGCGAAAUAACGCAUCCCAGCGUAAGAGGACUAUCCGGGACUUUAUUUCAUGUUUUCUUUGUUUUUGGAUCGUUGAUGUUUAACAUCCUGGGCUCCCUGGUCAGUUUGAGGAUGGCUACGUAUAUCGCAGCAACUAUUCCUUUGGUACAAAUCCUAACUUUUUCUUUCAUGCCUGAAAGUCCCUACUAUUUGGUCAUGAGAGGAAAAGUGGAUGAAGCAGAGGCAAGCUUGAAGACUCUAAACAACGGCGAAGACAUAUCCAAUACUCUGAGAGACAUAACAAGUGCUAUAAAUGAAAAAAAGAACAAGAAACCUAGCAGAUGGGAAAUUUUAACGGAACCAUCAAAUCGCAAAGCCAUAUACAUAACAUUUGGUUUAAGGUUCUUUCAACAGUUUACCGGUAUAACAGCUUUAAACUCCUACAUACAGCAAAUCUUCGUCGAAUUGGAUGUACCAAUGAAACCCAGCACCAUAUCCAUCAUUUAUUUCGGCUUGCAAUUUAUCAUGUGCAUUUUGGUGUCCAUCAUUAUAGACUCUACAGGAAGGAAACCGCUUCUGUUGUACUCUUUUGGUGGAACAGCUUUGGCUAGCACCACUCUAGCUUGUUACUUCUUUUGGUCAAAGGAUCUCGACUUGAGUGGUUGGAAUAUAAGAUAUAUCCCGAUCAGUGCAAUAUUUUUCUACAUUUUUAUUUACGAUGUGGGAUUAGCCUCAACACCCAUGCUUCUACUAAGUGAAAUGUUCAAUUCUAGAGUCAAGGCAGUGUCUAUUUGCAGUGCAGAUAUUUUCUUAAGUGCUUUAAUCAUCUCAGUUUCCAUGUUUUUUCAGUACACCAAAGACAAUUGUGGCAUCUAUGUUUCCUUUACGACUUUCUCGAUUGUCAGCAUUUUGGGAGGGUUAUUCGUUAUAUUUAUUUUGCCCGAAACAAAGGGUAUGACUCUGGAACAAAUUCAGGAUUAUCUUAAAGGUGCGAAGAAGGAGAACAUUGAACAGGCUUAAGUGGAAAGACAGACUGAUUUUUUUUAAGUAAUUUUUUAUUUUAAGUGAGAAUGUAAAAUAAAUUAAUGUAAUUGAUUUAUAAUUUUUUAAUUGGGCUAAGUAUAAUAUACGUUUUUACUGUUCGUAGUGUGAAUUAAAACACGCACUGGUUAAUUAACUAACUAAACGAUUUAUUUUAUAACUUAAUUACACUUAAAACACAAAGAAACUAUAAAACUAACUAAACACUUAACUCCUUAUUAUUUAUAUAUCACUACUGUUUAAGGGUCUAUUUAUUUGCACGUAAAUUUAUUUAUUUCGUCGCGAGUACCAAAGCUUGACUGACUGCUCCAUGCUGCGCCGUUCCUUCUCGUACAUUCCAGCGAGCUCCACACCACUCUCGAUUGUUCGAGCGCUGACUCACCGGCGAUGACUCAUCGGCAUUACGUAUGAAGAAGUAUCUAUACAAACUGUCCCUGAAAUGCCUGUACAAAGUGAUACCACAUAUUCCUUAUAUCAAAAUAAUGCAAUUUAACCUAAUUUAAGAUUAAGGGGACAACUGACUCCAAAAGUUAAAUUUUUUUUAAUAAUCUUUAAAAAUCUCGCGAAUGCCUUAAUAUAUCUAAAAAGUUAUGAUAAUUAUCUGUCUUACACAGAUAUGAGUUUAAAAAUAAAAAUAUAUUUAUUUAAAAAAAUAUUUGUUAAUUUUAACAAAAUAUUAACCAGAUUUUAUUUUAAUCCAAGUCCAGAUAACUUUUUUGUAAAGUUUACAACCAACUGUAAACUGUUAACUAAUAGAAUAAGUAUACUAUAGUUUGUAAUUAUAACAAACAAUUUGUAGAUUUAAUAGCAAAAUCCUAUAUCAAUAAAAAUUGUAAUUUUCAAAAAGGAUCCUAUUUUUACAAUUUUUUUUGUAGGUCCAGUAACAAAAGUAUUUGUUGAAC